CAGUUGCGUGCCUUGCUGACCCAAACACCACUUUCAUUCCACUCACAGUCACACUUCAGCACAUCACAACAUCGAUAUUGCGUUAUCGUUAUACACUCACCCUCACUAGCCAAAGUACAGAUACUAUCACUAUGGCCAUUAACUCACGUCCACAUCGCCGAAGUUUGCCAACUAUCACCACGCCUGCUACCUCCAGUGCACAUUGGCCCAUGCCGUCCCUCGGGCCACGAUCGUUCUCCUGCCCCAUAGAUCACUCGAAGGCAAAUUCGGAGAAAUUGCGGUCAUCUUGGUGGUGCGCUCCACUUCGAAUGAAUACACGAGAGGUGUCCACGCGGAAAGAGCCUAUGCGAAGCGAUUCGCCGCAAGGACCUCCAUCCCCGAACCCGAUCGACAGGCCCACUGUUGAUCCGAAAGCGAUAGAGCCGAAGAGGCUGAGAUUGAUUCUGACAGAAAGGUUCAUGAAGAGACGGCUCGAGGUUGGGCCCCGGGAUCUGGCACCUUUGCACAUUCGCCAACACCUAAUCCCGUGGAGUAUGCCCAACGAAGAGGACCUCCGUAUGAUCUUUGUCCCAUGCCUUGUCAAAUGGAUACAAGAGUCAAAUUACGAGGAGUCCGCCCCCGGUCGCUGCUUUUGUUCCCUCGUUCUUCACGUGUUGAGCAAACGUCUACCAGACGGCCUCAUCCACAACGACCCCAUCGACCGCGAUAACUUUCGGUCUAGACUUGGUGAGAUCUUCUCGGACGACGCAAUGCCCCUUGAUCACCUCCUUGAUUACUGUGCGAAUGGAUACAAGAUGCAGAAAGUCAGGAAGAUACACAAGCGGCCAAUGACGCAUAACACUUAGACGGAGUAUGUCGGCAUGUUGUGCGAGGGUCUCAUCCUGAUGAACGAAGAACACUCCAUACCCCCGAACGAAGAACCUCCCACGCCGCCAAACGAAGACACGCCCAAGGUAGAGAAGGGAAAGCAACCAAGAGUAGUGUCAACUUCACCAGAGCCUUUUAGAGGGCGUGCGCUAACGUUUGGGGCUGACGAGCGGGUAAUUUACCGGCCUGCAUCAAUGGAGGAUUGGAGGCGGUGUUUGCGUUAGCAGCAUUGCUAUCGUCUAGUAGGUACACUUCGAGUCAAAAUCGCUUUCACUUUCACUAGGACAAAACUGGGG